ACAAUUGCGAAAUUGUGAUUAUGUGUAUAAUUGGAAAUAAGUGGAACUGGAAUCUCAUGGUAUGGUAUGGUUAUUAAGCGCUGAAUGUUAAUUUAGUUCAACGACGUUUCGAAGUAAUGGUGCAUUGAAGCGGAACCGCUUCGCACCAAUGCCACUUGUCAUACAGGUGAUUGUCACUGUUGUGUUUUGUUAACGAAAAUGGCAACAAUAAAAAUACCUGAGCAAAAAGUGAUACUCUGCGGCGAAUAUGGGGUUGGAAAAAGCUCGAUUUUUCGACGGUUUACGAAUAAUACGUUCGUCACGGCGACUGAUAGAAAGUCGACUUUAGGGCUGGACCACUACUCAAAGACGUACCAUGUGGGGGACCGGGAUUUAAAGCUGCAACUGUGGGACACCGGAGGGAUGGAAAGAGUGGCCUCCAUCACCUCCAGUUACUACAAGUUCGCCGAAGCUGCCGUCUUGGUUUUCGCCCUUGACAACCCCGCUUCGUUUCACAUUCUCUCUCAGCACCUCCUCGACAUCGUAACGUACGCCGAAAACGCGAAAAUCUUUCUAUGUGGGAACAAAUCCGAUUUGCUCAGUGAUGUACCCCAAAUCACAGACACAGAAAUUGAGGCUUUUUGUGAGCAAUGCCACAACCUCAUCACCGGGACCUACAAAACGUCGUGUAAGACUGGCGAGGGCGUCGAGGAGAUGUUCAACGAUAUUGCGUCACAACUGGUGCAAUCAAACCGAUCAAGACUGGAGUUGCAAUCAAUGGAACAGCACGGGUUCAAGAUCACCCCCAGCGAGGAAACCGCGGAGGAUUCCUGUUUGUGUUAGCUCGAUUUUAGUGUAGGUUUUUGUAACGUGAUGACGACGUCCCAUAACUGUGAUUAUAUUUUACAAAAUCAUGACGCUCUGCACUAGGGGUUAAUUUUUUUAAGCUUUGAUGCACCGUUGUAGUUAUGUAUUGUAGUGCCAAAGAAGUCUGACGUUUCGAAUAAUUUGUGAAAAUAAAAAAUGCAACGAAGGUUGCGUUUUAAUUAGUUGGGUUGAGACAACCGGGAGUUGGAGUAGUAAAUGCGUUAGCGAUUUCAGUUACUGUGUUGGAAAAUUACGUAAUAAGUUAGCUGAAAACAGUUGUUGAUAGUGAUUUUCACAAUAAAUUCAUUUUUCUCAGUUAUUUUAAAAA